UGGGAGCAAGGCCCUCUCUAAAUCAUGAUCUGGACGGCCUGAGCGUAUCUUAGGGCGUGCCUCAAAUGCACUUUUCAUCUGGGCCCGUUCUUUGCGCUGACCCAUACAUUCAACCCAGUCACCGAGAUGCGGUCUCUCAAAUUCUGCGCACCGAUCCUGUUAUCACUGACCUCGUCUUCUUUCACCCUGGGUUCUUUCUUGACCCUCUACGACGUACAAGGUCCAUUGGCGGUCGGGUCUACGACAUCGACGAGUGACACGGCCGCCGGAACAGCCGUGUACGAUCCUCCUUAUGGAUCGUACGGCGGAUACGCCGCGUACAAUCCUAUCGUCCUUGCGCCUCCCGCCGUCCCUUCUGGCUUAUCGACGCAAUACGAUCUCGUGUUACCAGGAAGUGCAUCCAACGUGCAAGGUCUGAGUAUCCCUCAGAGUGGUUCAUUCCUUGGGUUCUCUGUCGAGAUGUCGGUGGUCACUCAAGUGGUUGGGAUAAACGCCUCAUUUCUCCAGGUCCCUUUUUUGAACCUCAUGCAGCUCGUGGCACAGCGCGGUGGGAGUGUCAACGUUCGCGUAGGGGGUAACACACAAGACUACGCUGUCGAAGUCAAGGAGCUUACGGAUAAUCGCGGCAUAUGUGUCAAGAAGGAUACUGAUAACACCCGUAAUCCUACCGAUACACCGACCCUACUAUUCACCCCCGAACUGCUGUACAUGCUCUCAAAUGUAUCGGCACUUGUGAACGUCAAUUGGUGGCUCGGUAUACCAUUCAACGACACCGCUGACUGGCGCCUGCAAAUUGCCGAGACCGGCGAAACCAUCCUCGGCGACAGGCUCCUGGGCUUCCAGAUCGGCAACGAACCCGACCUAUACGCCUUACACGGGCACCGAGCUGCGAACUACAGCGUAUGGGACUACUUUGGCGAGUUCGCCGAGAUAAUAGACGUCAUCGCCAGCGAUGACCAGAUCCCGAAGCGCAACAACCUCAUUGCGCCGAGCGUGAGCGGCACGUGGACCCCCGAAGAUGUCUGGAGCACUGGGUUUCUGACGUCCUACAAUUCCAGUCUUGGUGCACUGGCUGUCGAGAAGUACCCCGACGAUAAUUGCGCGGCCUUAUAUCCUGGCGGUGCAUUCGGCCCCGCGAAGGAUCCUCAAGACGUUUUCGCCAACUACCUCAAUCAUACGUCUGGACAGCUACUCGUCCAACCUUACCUCGCGUCGACAGCGCUCGCACAACAGAAUGGGAAGCCGUUCUACAUGUUCGAAACCAAUACUGCGAGUUGCGGUGGCUUUCCUGGCAUCAGUGAUAGCUUCGGCGCGGCCCUGUGGGCAGCAGACUACGCUCUGCAGAUGGCCUAUAGCAAUUUCUCAGCCGCAAACCUACACGUCGGUGGUUUGAGCGAUUCGUAUAAUCCUUUCAUUCCGCCGCCGACGAACGAGUCCAUGUUCGAGGGCUGGACGAUUGGCCCGGUGUUCUAUUCAGUACUCGCCACGGCCGAAGCCCUUGGUUCCUCUAAUACGUCGCGCGUGAUUGACCUCAAUGCCAACAAUGGUAGCAUAUACACGCCUGCGUACGCGAUCUACGAGCAAUCUGCCCUUGCAAGACUGGCGCUCUUCAAUUACAUCUCAGAUAGCAGCGGUGCGAGCACUGUUACCGUGACCAUAUCGGUCGGUGGCGGUCAGACAGGCGAACAGCUGGGUACCCCGCAGACCGUGAAGGUCAAGUAUCUUGCCGCGGAGAGUGUCGCUGUGAAGGAGAAUAUCACUUGGGCAGGCCAGACCCUCGGUAAUCGUUUUCAAGUCGACGGACGUCUCAAAGGCAGCGAGGAGGUCCAGACCGUCCAGUGCAAUACCUCAUCCGGCACUUGUCAAGUAAGCGUUCCCGCUCCCGGCAUGGCGCUGGUCUUCCUCUCCGAUAGCGCAUACCAGGAGGUUGAGCCCUGCAGCACGAUUACAUUCACGACUACGUCCGUGACGAACCCGCUGGUGACUGUGACAGUCGAUCCAAGUAUACUCUCCAUGUCGAACGGGAACAGAAGUGUCGUGCUUGGAGGCACGGACCAUGGCAACCAGGCGGUGCGGGGAGUUGGCGCGUCUGUGUGGCUGUUCCUAUCACUGGCAGUCGCGGCGGGCAUCAGGUUGCUGGAGGGGAUGUUGUGAGCAGCCAGAAUGCCAAUCGGGCUUGUUUGUCGUUGAUAAUGAUAUCGACCAUUGUUGACGAUCACAUACAGCACCAGUGAACAUUCUACAUGGUGACGACUCGGAGACCUCAAGCGAAUUGAGCUUUUAUGAUGUGAUGUUACGUGUGUUCCACGAAGCUAAACCGAGCGAGUCUUCACAUGUACAUCC